AUGUCUGCAUCCGAGAGCCAGCGCGUCCUACACUACCUCAAGGCCCAACUCGGCCUCCUUACCCCGGCCGCAGAGCGCUUCGAGAAGCUCCCCCUCGAGCUUGUCGGGGCGAUUGCGACCAAUAUGGAUCGAUGGACACUCUCCACAUUCCGGAGGACCUGCAGCUAUGUCGCCCGAUGCACGGACUACCAUUUCAGGCGCGAGUAUCUUUCGACCUUCCGGACUGAUUUCUCAACAGGAUCGCUGAGGCGGCUGAAGAAGCGCGUGCAGGAUCCCGAGUACGCUCAGGGAAUCAGGACUCUCGUCCUCGAGGCAGCGCCCGGCGGAGCCAAGGAGUACGGAAGGGAUCCUACCUUCCCGGUGCUCGGGGAUUAUUGUAAAUGGCUGCGGGAUGCUGAUGGACAGAUUAUCUUGGAUCAAGAGAGCGUCACCAAGUGGCAGGACAUGAUCAGACAGCUACCUAACUCUCGGUUCUUCCGGCUUGCUGGGGAUUUGCCGAAUUUGAGGAGGCCAAACAACCAGCUUCUUGGUACAACUGAUGCCAGCCGAAUGAUCCUGCACAUUAUCAAGGCCUUGCAGAUCCCUGUCAUUUCGUUCGAUGUCGGUAUCAGGUGGCUUGGGGAGGGCUCCGGAACAGAUCUUGGACGCUGCAAUGUUGGUGAGUUCGUCGACGACGCGAGUUUUAAAAAGGCAUGGGCCAACCUGAAAUCCUUCACAAUCACCGGGAGUACUCCCAGUGCUGCUGGGCAUCCGGCCACCAAGAUGAUACUGGCGGCAAAGAAUCUCAAGCAGCUGACGAUAGGCACGAGUAUCCUCCCAGACUUUAUUCUGCAGGAGCUCUCAGCUAAUGGAGACUCGCUGAAACUGGAGGAAAUCCAGUUCGUCAAGACGGACAUAUUCUACGAGAGCACCGACGAGGCUCUUGGCUUCCUCCUCACGCAGAGAAAGUCUCUCAAGAGACUCGAGUUCCACGAUACAGUCUGCCAUAAACUUUGGACCGAUAUCCUUGGUCCGAUGAAGGCGGCCGGCUUCCCUGCGCUGGAAAAACUGACCUUUGAGUGCUGCUACCACGCCGACCCCAAUCCUCGCUGGGUCAAGUCCAUCGUGGUGUCUGGAGCGUGUCGGAAGCUGCGCCCUGGUAAGUCCGAGCUGACAAGGUUUCGAUGGACGCAGGCUUCCAAUUUUGGUGAGCCGUCAGGUUGGGCUGUUCGCGGUCCGGGUGCCCCAACCAGCGUUUAUGUGAUGGAGGAGAUGGCUGAUCUCGCGCACUGGUAA